AUGGGUUCCCCUUUGGCCUCCCUUUCGUUAACCCAUGUUCACUAUAACCCGGAGGACCCUAUAUCUUAUCUUUGCGCAUUUCUUUCGUUGGUCCCACAGGCACUUGUGGUCAUAUAUGUCACUUUAGUAUGGUCUUCACGGGAGGUUGAAGUAUUGUUGAUGCUUGCAGGCCAGAUGGUCUGUGAAGCCUUGAAUUUCGGGUUAAAGAGGCUGAUCCGACAGGAGCGGCCACAACAAAUCCACGGCAAAGGCUAUGGCAUGCCAUCCUCCCAUUCCCAGUUUGUUGCUUUCUUCGCCUUCUCUGUGACCCUGUUCCUUCUCCUGCGACAUAAACCCGCUAGCUCCUCUGCUAUGCCCAACGACUCUCCUUCCACGCUUACGCAACGGGCUGCUCUAUCCCUACUGGCUUGUCUUGGGGCCGCUGCGGUGGCUUCAAGCCGUGUCUACUUGAAUUAUCACACCCCGAAGCAAGUUAUGGCUGGGGUUGCGGCGGGAAUCAUAUUCUCAAUAGGCUGGUAUUCGUUUGGCAAUUAUCUGCGACAGUCCGGCUGGAUUCAAUGGUUUCUAGAGACGAAAAUCUCCGAGCUAUUGAGAAUGCGUGAUUUGCUGCUAGGGGAGGACUUGGCCGAGGCGGGCUGGCAGAGAUGGAAACUAAGACAGAGAUACGGAAUGGAGAAAAAACUUCAUUAG